AUGCCAAAAUAUGACAUAUUUAAACCAUUACAUUUACUAUCCUUCGUAGAACGCCUACACAUAAAGUAUAAACCUGGUACAAAUGGUUCAGAAACUUGUCGUACACUCUACUUAUUGGCUACAAGUGAUUCUGUUAUGAAUAAAUUCCCUAAAUUGCAAUUUAGCUAUGAAAUAACCAGUUAUGAUUGUUUGCCAGAAAUAAUUAUAACAGUUUCACCGAACAAAAAUCACAUCUUUGGUAGCGGUGUCACCAUUAGCGAAAUUCAAAGGCAAAUUGACCAAGACCAGUAUCUAGCUUACAUUGAGUUUAUGAAGAAACAAAACAUUGAACAUGGAUUAAACGAUGAUGAAUGA